UAUUUUUCAUAUUAGAGCUUAAAAUCUAGAAAAGUUAUAUAGUCAAGCCUUUCUGUUUUGUGGAUAAUUUGAAGGCAAUUUUUAUGGAAGGUAGAAAUUACGACUUUUUGUUCAAAGUUCUGUUGAUUGGUGACUCUGGUGUUGGAAAGUCAUGCAUUUUAUAUCGCUUUUCUGAUAAUAUGUUCUCUUCGUCAUAUAUCUCCACAAUUGGGAUUGAUUUCCGUAUUAAGACGGUCGAGCUUGAUGGCAAAAAAAUAAAGGUUCAAAUAUGGGAUACAGCUGGCCAAGAACGGUUUCACACAAUUUCAGUUUCUUAUUAUCGCGGGGCUAUGGGUGUUAUCCUUGUUUAUGAUGUGACCAAUGAAAGAAGUUUCAAAAAUAUUGUUAAAUGGCUUGUCAACAUAUCAAAUCAUGCAAGUGAUGAUGUUGAAAAAAUGAUAGUUGGCAACAAGUGUGACAUUGUAGAACAACGCGUUAUAAGCAAGGAGCGCGGUGAAGCAAUUGCUUGUCAAUAUCACCUACGCUUCUUGGAGACUUCGGCCAAAUUGAAUGUAAAUGUGGAACGUGCCUUUCUUCAACUUGUACGAGAUAUCUUAAAUAAGGUGUCACAUGAGGAAGUUGUCCAAAAUGAUGGUCGCAUUGUUGUUAGUCGCCAAAUCCCUGCAAACAUUCCAACAUUCAGAAGUUGUUGUUCCUAACUUCUUCGCAAUAAAUCCAAAUCCAAUUCUAAAUUUAAUUAUUAGUAAAUUUUACGACAAAAUUCAAGCACUUCGAGUUUGUGUGUAAUAAUAAUUUAUU